GUAAUCUUGGUUUAAUCGAUUUCGCAUGAUUUGUUUUCUGUGGAAAAUAGAAAGUCCAUGACCUGAAAAUGCCACAAAUAUGAUAUUUUUGUUUAUCCCUUUAUUAUUAUGAGGAAUUUUUUUUCUUGAUUUUUUUGUUACUUCCUUGAUUCAUUUACUAAUAAGCACCUAACUGGGGUAUUUGUUUUUAUUUUGAAUUCCAGUAAUAUUUGGUGUUAAUUUUGGUAAUUAGCUGCCUGUUUUCUGGUGGAUGGCGAAGCUUGAAGGAAGAGUUUCGUAUUCUUCUUUUUCAAAUGUAGAGAAGGAGAAGGACAAAUUCCAGUUUGAUGAUGACUAUAGUGAUUCUGCUUGGGCUGUUCAAGAAAGUAGAAAUGCAAAAUCAGGCUCAAAGUCAUUGAAACAAGAUAAUCUAUACCAGUUUCGAUUUGAUAUGGAUGAGUUCCUUGAUGGAGGAUACGAUUCAAGUGAUGAUACAGUUAAUUCGUUUCGAAAUAGUAGGCCUCCUGAGGUUAACUUGAAGAAUGUAUUGAGUGGGUUGUUUGCAAUUAUAACUGGGAGAAAUAAAGCACCAAAUUUUCCCGUGAAUCAGCUGUUCCCAAGUUCAAAUGUUUCAUUUCUGGGCUCUGGAAAUAAUGGAGAUAUCUGCUUGCACUCAUCUGUUUACAUACCCAGUGCUCCACCGCUUCUUGAGCCAAGUGGGACUGACUAUAGUGCUUACAAAGAUGUUUUGGAAGCUGAGCCUCCAGAGUGGCUUCCAGAUAGUUCUACCUCAGUUUGCAUGCAGUGCGCUGCUCCUUUCACGGCUCUCACUCGUGGAAGACAUCAUUGUCGGUUUUGUGGAGGGAUUUUCUGCAGAACAUGUUCUAAGGGAAGGUGCUUGUUGCCUGCAAAGUUUAGGGAAAGGAAUCCACAAAGGGUUUGUGAUGCCUGCUAUGACAGGCUUGAUCCUUUGCAGGGUAUUCUUAUUAAUUCCAUUAGCAAUGCUGUACAAGUGGCAAAACAUGACGUAAUGGAUUGGACUUGUACAAGAGGGUGGCUGAAUCUGCCAAUUGGUAUGUCUAUGGAACAUGAGAUAUACAAAGCAUCCAAUACAUUGAGGAACUACAGCCAGGUUGCUAGGUCAAAUCCAGAAAGGUCCAUACCCAUUUCUAUUCUGAAAGGAGCCAAAGGCUUAGCAAUUUUAACUGUUGUUAAAGCUGGAGUUUUAGUUUCGUACAAACUGGGGACAGGUCUGGUCAUUGCUCGGAGGUCAGAUGGAACGUGGUCAGCCCCAUCAUCCAUCUUUUCUGUUGGCUUAGGGUGGGGUGCUCAGAUCGGCGGUGAGCUUAUGGAUUUUAUAGUUGUACUUCAUGACUCAAAAGCUGUGAAGACAUUCUGUAGUCGCAUGCAUUUUUCUCUCGGUGCUGGUUGCAGUGCUGCAGCAGGGCCUAUAGGGAGAGUGGUGGAAGCAGAUCUUCGGGCUGGAGAUGGUGGUUCAGGCAUGUGCUAUACAUACAGUUGUAGCAAAGGGGCAUUUGUCGGUGUAUCACUUGAGGGGAACGUAGUUGUGUCUAGAAUGGAUACAAACCUACAGUUCUAUGGUGAUCCUUAUCUCUCCACAGCCGACAUUCUGCUUGGGACCGUGGACAGACCAAAGGCUGCUGAGCCCUUGUAUGCUGCCCUGGAAGACCUCUACCAUAGUUUACGCUGUUAGUCCCAGUGGCCAGCACACACGGUUAGUUUCAGCACCCAAUUCAUGGAGUAUCUUGCGGCUUCAUACAUAGCAACUCUGCGUACGGGUGAUAUUCAUUAUCCUGGAUGAAAAUACUGAAAGUUAAAGAAAGAAUGUUAUCUACAUGCUUAUGUUCCUUAUUUGCACAUACUGUCUUCAUUAAAUCAAAUGUGUAUUUUCAUCUGUUAAACCACCCAGUCAUUUAUAAUGUAAAUACCCCUAAUCACAACAUGUAAGUAUUGUGUGAAUAGACAAUUAAUUAAUAAUUAUGUGACCAUCUCUGGUUUUCAUAUGCAUUAUGUAUCUUUCUGGGGCAGAAACAAUUUGUUGUUUGGCCGGCAAUAUAUAUCAUUUUUUAAA